AUGAUUUCUCUUACAAACGUUCUCCAAGCUGGACGAUGGAGACCGCUAUUGGCUUUUGCAAUCCUCAUAAUAUGUCUCUUUACAAUUUCAUCUCUCAAUCACCUCCCACAGUCAUCGCUGCGACGUAGAGCAUUACAUGAUAAUCAUAUUGAAGAACGAGGUUUUUUAGAAGCGAUAAGCAGUGCUGCUGAAAAACUUAUCGGCGGAGGCAAAGGUGGAGGCGCCUUAUCGACAAUAGGAGAGCUGUUCUCCGGGAAUAUAUCAGGAAUUGUUAGUGGAUUAGCUGCAGACAUAGCUGUGCCUGCAGGAUUUCUGGGAAAUGGCCUUGCCUUGGGUGCUCUUGCCGGAAUGAUGAAUAUGUCCGUACCAACUACGAAUGCCACUGGAUUUAACUUGGUAGCGUACAAUCUUGGCUCUGGACUUACAAAGAGCUUAGUUGGAUCCGUUUCAAUGGUACCAGCUGGUGCCGAUAUGGAAGCUGCAAAAGCUGCAGCCAAUGAUCCAAUGGCUAUGCUGAUAGGAGCCGGAACAAUUAAUGGAGCCGCUCUUGCUCUCGCACAAGGUUUAGGAAGUGGAGCUUCCCAAGCAUUAAAGUUCACAGCACCAUCGCAGAAGGCUGCUUUCAAUACGAGUGGUAUCAAUGGCGCAGCUGGAAAUCUAGGCCAGGGUCUCACAUCCUCAUUUCUCUCUGGUAUCAAUACCACCAGUCUCUUCUCAAACGCAAUGCCUGGUAUCAACAUAAACGACCUGAUACAAGGAAAUGCUACUAUUCUUGGAAGUUCCCUGAGCCAACUCGCCGCCGGUGCCGGCACUGGUCUCGGACAAGGAACAACUAUUGGUCUCGGACUUCAGAAUGCAGCUACAAUGGAAAAAUCUCCCAAUGGAUCUGCUGGAGCCGUGCAAGAAUUUACUAUGGGACUUACAUCCAGCUUUUUGCAAAAUGGCACAUUGUCGAAAUUAAUGACAACAUUAAUGGGUCCAGGAAGUCUUUCGAAUGCUAUGGGUAUGGGUGAAACGGAGGCAGAUAUGAGUUCGGGCUCCUCUUCUUUUCUCGCCAAUAUGAACAUCGCUGCAGUAGCACAAGGCUUUGCAGUAGGACUUCUUGACGGAGCUGGAAAUACUCUGGCUGGAAUGUCUACACCUCCAAUGCAGACACUGAUGUUUAAUGAUUCAGUUGGUGGAGCAGCGACGGGAUUCGGUCUUGGUUUAGGUGCACAGGGUACCACACUUGUGAAGCAAGUGCUCGCAAAUCCAUCGAUCAUCUCAAAUUUUACCAUGUCAUCGACUGCCAAGCGUCAUCUCCUUCAAAGUCGAGCCAUGAUCCCAGCUUCCAGUAUAUCAGUCAUCCAACGCCGCGAAUCGGAUUCUUCUUCUGAUGACAAUUCUUUCAUCAACGCUCUCAAUUCUACAACUCUUGAUCCUAUCCUACAAAUGGGAAUCGAUACUAUCGGCUGUGCAGGUGUAGGUGGACUCGCUUCAAUUGGGUUUGGACUUUUCACAACGGGAACUAUCGAUAUCAAUCAAUUAACGGGGAUGCUCAACAUGAAUCAAGACAUUACGAAUAAUCAAACUUUCAUCCUCGAAAACGGGGGCAAUACAUAUACCAUUAAUCUCGCCAAAAUGGAUAUCCAGAUUAAUGGCAUGCCAAUCCAGAGAGCAAUUCUAUCGAUUGUUUUACAUAUCGUUUUCGCAAUCCUAACCUACUUCAUCCUCGCGCCAACAUACAUCUUAAUACACAGCACCAAGCGCGUAACAACUCUCUCCUCCCUCCCUUCUCCCUUCCCAGCCUUCAAAUCACCCCUCUUCACUACCUUCAUCCCGGCCUUCCUCUACAUCAUCUCACCAAUCCUCAUCAUCGCCACCGUCAUCCUCGGGUUCGUCAUCAAAGGAUCAUCAUCCGCAUCCCUCUCCGCCCACGGCAUCAUCGGUAUAAUCCUCCUCGUCCCCACCUUCUUCACAUUCGCCACCUCCGCCUCGGCCAUCCAACGCAAAAACCCCGGACUAAAAACCCUCUACAAAUUGAGCUUCGGCACAACAAUGAUCGUGGCUGUCUUGGUACUCUUUUCCGGAUUCGUCGAUCUUGCGAAUUAUACUUUCUGCGCAGUGCAAGCACUGCCUAUCGUGGCGUGGAUUGUUCUUGGGGGGGUUUUACUAGGGCCCAUGGGGUUGGCGGGUGGAGUUGUGGGGAUGGAGGGAUUACUUUCGAGACAGAGGGGGAAGCAAGGGGUUGAGUUGAGACCGGAUAUGCAGAAGGGGGAUGAAAAGACAGGGAGUUACUUCGAUGUUGAUGAUGAGAGAGGAAGAGUUGCUGGAGGAAAGGUGUAA